UACGAAACGAAGAGGCUAGCUUAUGUUUGUUUACUAUAGUUAACUUUAUUUAAUCGCCUUUAUUGUUGAUUUUACAUAGUUUUUCUUUCGAUUAGCUGACCUAAAGACUGAUAUGGCAAGUAACGGCAACCAUAAUGGUACUCCCCGUGAUGAAGGAAGGGGUAUGCCGCUUAAGCGAUGCCAGGGGCACAUCAAUAUUCACCACCCAGAGGAGGAGGACCCUGUUCCCAACAUGGGAGAAGAAGUACCUGAUGGCCUGGUGCCCUAUGCUCCUCCGCAGAACAGUCCUCCUCAGAACCCUCCUCUGCAGAACGUUCCUCCGCAGAACGCUCCUCCGCAAAACCCUAUUGAACCACAGCACGCUCAACCACAAUGCUCAUCCUCGCAGGACCCUCCGCAGGACGUUGGGAAUGAUGUCCGCCAGAGCCACUCAAGCCCUCCUCCCCUUGGCGCUGUAGUUUCUUCAACAACGAAUGAAGAACAUGAUGAUGAUCUUACAGUUAGCGAUAUGUCUGAGGCGGGAUCAGUUAGCUAUUUGUCUGAGGCAACAGAUGAUUCUGAAGAUACUAACUCUGCAAACUCCGAAGAUGAUGAUUCUGUUAUGUCCGAAGAUGAUGAUUCUGAUGAAUCCGAAGAGGCACAGGACGUGCUUCAGAACAACUGGAACCACAGUAACAGUAAUCAAUAAUUUUUAAGGUGGCCCUUUUUUCAAUGUUUCAUGUUUUCUAAACAAAGUACCUUUUGUACCAAAACACCUUUACCUGUUACCCAAGUUUGUUACCUUUUGUAAUACCAAUAAAUUUAAAGUUAUA